GACAUAGUCUGGCUGCCGAGAUAGUGAACUCUAGCGUUGCCUCGCCAACCUAGAAACCUCUCUAUUUUUCCAGCUCCUCAGCAUUCACAAGCAAUAAUGUUCAGACAGCUGGUCGCACGCACAGCCGCCCGGCGGAUAUCGGCCGCCCGCUCCCUCACCACCACACCAGCACCGUCGGCCCCCAAGCGGCCCGCCAACGACAGCCAUUUCCAGUACGACAUGAAAGCGCCGCAGCUGGACGCUGGCGUGGCCAACCUCUUCCUGGUCGACGACAAAACCCUGCGCAUCUCCAAGAUCCUGCCCACCGGCUUCAAGCUGAGCUCUGGCCACACUGUCUACGGCCCACUGCUGAUAGUCAACAAUGAGGCCUUUAAGCUGAAGAUUGCGCCGCCACAGACGAAAAACGGCACCACAGUGCAUCCCUUCAGCGAGCUUACCCCCGAUGCCUUGCGGAUUCUCGAUGUGGUGACGCCUAAGCCCGAGAUGCUGGUCGUGGGCGGUGGUGCUGAGACAUGGCCGGUUAACAAGGAGGCGCGCGAGUACCUGACCAGCAUUGGGAUCAGUGUCGAGAUGGCCAAUACAAAGUUUGCCAGCAACACCUUCAAUGUGCUGGCCGAGGAGGGCAGGCAUGCGGCGCUGCUGGCCAUUCCCGCUGGUGUCAAAGUGUGAGCCAUGUAGAGCAUAACACAUAUGUAAUAAAUGUUUUUCUUUUUAUAAAAACUUGCUAGACACGCUCCAUGGGCGGCGACGAGCACUCGACCUGCUGGUACUCAGAGUCAUUCCCAGCCUGCGCGCAGUGGCUCUUCACCG